AUGAUUACAAAGCUAGACAGUGUACUUAUGCCUCAAAAAAAGUUCAUCUUCCAUUACAAGAAUGUGCGCUGGGCAAAGGGGCGACAUGAGACCUACCUCUGCUUUGUAGUGAAGAGGCGAGUGGGCCCCGACUCCAUGACCUUUGACUUUGGACACCUCCGCAAUCGCACUGGCUGCCAUGUAGAGAUGCUGUUUCUGCGCUAUCUGGGAGCCUUGUGCCCCGGUCUGUGGGGAAAUGGAAUUGCUGGAGAGAGAAGGCUAAGUUACUCCAUCACCUGGUUCUGCUCCUGGUCUCCCUGUGCCAACUGCUCCAUCAAAUUGGCCCAGUUCCUCAGCCAGAUGCCCAACCUCCGCCUCAGGAUCUUUGUGUCUCGUCUUUAUUUCUGUGACAUGGAGGACAGCCAGGAGAGAGAGGGUCUGAGAUUACUGAAAAAAGCUGGAGUGCAGAUCACAAUCAUGAGUUACAAAGAUUUCUUUUACUGCUGGCAAACAUUUGUGGCUAAGAGGCAGAGCCGCUUCAAGGUCUGGGAUGAGCUGCACCAGAACUCUGUUCGCCUUGCCAGAAAACUUCACCGCAUCCUCCAGCCAUGUGAAACUGAAGAUUUGAGAGAUGCCUUCAAACUCCUGGGACUGUGA